UGUCCAGCAAUCAUGUACGUAGUGUUGCUGUUAGCUUGUGCCGCCCUCACGGUCGCCGCCCCCGGGCCCGCCGCCCCCAAACAGCUCAACAGUCGUCUGGACUCUGUAGAUGUGGACAAGAUCCUCGCCAACCCCCGGGUGCUGAGCAACUACGUCAAGUGUGUCACUGACAAAGGCCCGUGCACCUCGGAGGGGAAGGACCUUAAGAAGAUCCUGCCUGAAGUGAUCUCUACCGCUUGCGCCAACUGUUCCCCCAAGAUGAGAGCCAACCUGAAGAAGACCAUCCUGGCCAUGAGACAGAAGUACCCCAACGAAUGGACAGCAGUCGUCAACAAGUACGACCCCAAGAGAACCCACAGCAAGGACCUCGAGGCCUUCCUCAAGUCUUAGUCACUUCUUCUUCUCUCCACCGCCAUCUUGUUUAACUUAUUGCACGUCCAUCCUUGUUUUGAAUCAUUAAAUGGAAAAAUGUUGAUA